CGCCGCCCGAGCCUCCUCCUCUCGCGAGAGGCGCGAGGCGCGGAGCCGGCGGCUGCGGACGAGCCGGGAGCUAGCCCCGGGAGGCAGUUUUUAGGUCUGCAGCACUGCAGGAAUGGCAGAUUUUGGGAUCUCAGCUGGCCAGUUUGUGGCAGUGGUCUGGGACAAGUCAUCCCCGGUGGAGGCUCUGAAAGAUCUGGUGAAUAAGCUUCAAGCGUUAACUGGCGAUGAGGGCCAAGUGUCCGUGGAAAGUAUCAACCAGCUGUUGCAGUCUGCCCACAAAGAGUCGAGUUUUGACAUUAUUUUGUCGGGCGUAAUUCCUGGAAGCACUACUCUGCACGGUCCUGAAAUUUUGGCUGAGAUUGCCCGGAUCCUUCGGCCUGGUGGAUCUCUUUUUCUGAAAGAGCCAAUAGAGACAGCUAUGGUUAACAAUAGCAAAGUGAAGACGGCGUCUAAGCUGUGUUCAGCCCUGACUCUUGCUGGUCUUGUGGAAGUAAAAGAGCUGCAGCGGGAGUGCUUAAGUCCUGGGGAGAUGCAGUCUGUCCAAGAACACCUGGGUUACCAGAGUGACAGCUUGCUCUCCGUGCAGAUCACAGGCAAAAAACCCAACUUUGAAGUGGGUUCUUCUAGUCAACUUACGCUUUCUACUGCCAAGAAGUCUUCUCCUUCGGUGAAGCCUGCUGUGGACCCUGCAGCUGCCAAGCUCUGGACCCUCUCAGCCAAUGACAUGGAGGAUGACAGCGUGGAUCUCAUUGACUCAGAUGAGCUGCUGGAUCCAGAAGAUUUGAAGAAGCCAGAUCCAGCUUCACUGCGGGCUGCUUCGUGUGGAGAAGGGAAAAAGAGGAAGGCCUGCAGGAACUGCACUUGUGGCCUUGCAGAAGAGCUGGAAAAGGAGAAGUCGAGGGAACAGAUGAGCUCCCAACCCAAGUCGGCUUGUGGAAACUGCUACUUGGGCGAUGCUUUCCGCUGUGCCAGCUGCCCCUACCUUGGGAUGCCAGCCUUCAAACCUGGGGAGAAGGUGCUCCUGAGCAAUAGCAAUCUCAAUGAUGCCUAAGAGGGACCCAGCAUGGGACACAUCUGCUCCUCCAGCCAACUCCUGUCCCUCUGAUCCCACCAUUGUGGUUCCUCCCAUCUCCCCUGGAUUUGCUCACUCUGUUUGACAUCCAUUUGCGGGGAGGGUGUUAGUAGACAGUGAAGCUGACUAUGGGGGGCAGUGGUGUGUGGUGCUGCUGUGUAUCAAAGACCAAGGUUACCCUGAGCGGGGGACCUGUUUCUUCAACUGGUAUUAGGAAAGGGAGUGCGUCCUGAAGAGGCCCCUCUCCCGAUGUCAGAAUGCUGACCGUGGCACUCUCUAAGCCCGGAUGUCCUCGAGUAUGAACGCUCUCACAGACAGCCCUGCCCUUGGUCUGAGCUCAGCAGUAGAGCACUGCUUGUCUUCCUGAGGGGUGGCUUCCUCAACACGCAGUUCUUGGUGACGAGAGUCAGGCGUCUCAUGACUCCUCAGGUCUCCAAAGGAAUUGCUCCUUGGUCGCUGUGAUCACAUCCGGUGUCCCUCUGCCCCUCCACUCCCACCCCCACCCCAUUUUACUGUGUUGUAUCUGUGUCCUGUUGUCAUUUCUGUUAAUCUGCAGUUAUUAAACUCGUGUACCUCUGCAUAUCAGCUGUGAAGGGUGUGUGUGUGUGUGUGUGUGUGUGUGUGUGUGGUGUCUUUCCUGGAGAGACUUAGUGUCACACACAGAUGGGGCCAGUCCUGCACUAGGGAUCAGGGCCUCUGUCCACCUACUUGAGAAGAGUCCAGGUUGAUGAGAAUCU